CAGACCAGUUCUAUCUCAAGCAGCCAACAAACGUACGCGUGUUACAAUACAGUACGGGCAAUCAAGCAAGGAGGAGUAAUAAUGGGUAACGCAUUUGGAUAUCUGAACUGGCUGAAGAGCAACAAUCAGGCGUUCGCACCUGAUCGCACUGAAGACUUCGUGGAGAAAAACAUCGGAUUUCCGUGUCACGUAGUGACCGGGAACAAGGCCGUGCAGUCCGUAUUUGACAUCGAUCUUUUCAAAAAGGAGGAAUUUUAUUUUGGCCAAAUAGAAGUCCGGAAGGACUUUACGGAAGGGGUCUGUCCAAGCAUCACGUCCAACGGUAAAAUCCACGAGAGGAACAAGGCGCUUAUGAUGGACGUCAUCGCUGGAGCUUACAAAGAGAUCCCGACCUCAACAGCAAAUGCCGUGCUGUCCAACAUCGCCAGGUGGGGACGCAGACCGACCAAAUUCGAAUCAAAGUUGUUUGCAGUGUCAGCUGGAGCUCUCCUUCCCACCAUCUUCGGGAAAUCAGCACAUUUCAAUGCUGAGGGAAUCGAGCUCUAUAUCACUGGUUCGACUGAAUUAAGACCAGAAUGCUUGGCAGCAUUGUUGGAGGAAAAUGACCUUAUUGAGGGGCGUCCGGCAAUGGCCUACAUCCUCGAGAAAAUGAAAACAUCAGAGAGGUACCACCAGCUGAUUGAUCUUGGCAAAUCUCAUGGAUUCGGGGAGGCAGAGACAACGGGGCAGCUGCUCUUUACAAUAAUGUUCAACGGUGUUGCCGGCAUGGCAGUAAACCUGGUGCCGUCCUUCGCCCGCUUGGACACCAUCAGCGCGGAAGACCGAGAGGAGCUACGGGAAGAGGCGCUUGCCGCCCUGAAGAAACAUGGAGGCCUGACCCACGAGGCUCUGGCGGAGAUGCCGAAAAUAGAAAGCUUUGUGCUGGAAGUGCUGCGAGCUUGUCCAGCUCCGGACUUCUGGAGCACCAUUGCUACACGUCCAACGACUGUCAAGUACUCAACAGAGAGUGGACCGCAGGAGGUUGAGAUAAAAGCAGGCGAACGUGUGUAUGCAAGUUCCUACUGGGCACUGAGGGACCCUGCUGUCUUUGACAAGCCAGACAACUUCAUGUGGCGUAGGUUUCUCGGCCCUGAGGGUAAAGCUCGCAGGGAACACCACGUCACAUUUCACGGCCGGCUCAUCGACACACCCGCGGCCAACAACCACAUGUGCCCGGGUAAAGACGUCGGACUUUCGGUCAUCAAAGGCAGCAUCGCCGUUCUCAACACCUUCUUUGGAUGGGAGCUCGAGGAGCCGCCAGUGUGGACCGGGACGAAGGCAGCUCGUUUGGGGCAGCCUGACAACGAAGUCAACAUCAAUUCAUUCUGGUUGCAACACCCCAAUGACUUGAAAGCGGUUUUUCCAUCCUACUUUGAUGACAUCAUUGACGGACUGAAUAAAAACCCGGACGACAGUGAUGUUGCAGGAAUUGACGUUCUCGUUAAAACGAAGACUGGGAAGUACCGUGGCUCUGGAACAAAUUCAAACGUCUACAUCCGCCUCUACGACGACAAAGGUCAUCAGUCCCGUGAGCUGAAGUUGGAUGUGUGGUGGAAAAACGACUUUGAAAAGGGACAGAAGGGACAGUACAAACUGAAGGAUGUAAAAGUGGCUGCCCCAAUUGUGAAGAUAGAGCUGUUUCGGGAUGGGUGCCACCCUGAUGACGACUGGUACUGUGAGUCCGUCUCUGUCCAACUCAACCCCGACAACAAAGGACCUACAUACGACUUCCCUGUGAACCGUUGGAUCAGGAAAAAUGAUCACGUGUGGCUGAGUCCCGGUGGAUGUGAGUCUUCACAGGAUGACGUGAAACCCAAAGAUGGCUAGGAUGAACUUCUGGUGAUGAACAAAGCACCAUCAAGUCUAUAAAUCAGACGAAUAAC